AAUGACUGCUUUAAAUUGAGAGACAAUCUUAUUCUCCAGAAACCCCAGUGUUUCCCUCUAAUCUAUAAAAUUCAAAUCUAGAAUCUUCUCCUUGGUUUUAAAAUCCAUUCACCUCUUUGCCUGUUCCUACCUUUCCAGUCUUCUUAGUUUAAUCCCCUUCAUGUACUCUGAAAUAUAUUCCUUCACAGGCUAACUCCACACCUGGAAUGCCCAGGCUCCUAACCUCCACAUUCUGGUUUUCCUAGCUUCCUUAAAGACUGUUCAAAUCCACCAUCUGCAAGAUUCUUUGAAACCUCUGGAAUUACCAUGGUGCUCAGCAAAGACCUUCUGUCACAUCUGUGCAAAGCAUGUGACUCUCCCUCCAACAUCUGGACAGGAUGUGCAGAUUUCAUCAGGAUAGCAUAUGUGACAAUUCUCCCUUACAUCUGUGCAGAAUUCUGUAAAGAGCCUUCAUAGCCAUUGAUUCUUUAAGUCUUCACAAAGAGCACAGUCUGAGGAGAGGGAAAUCCACAUGAACUGUAGGAGUUAGGGAAAGCUUCCUGGAAGAUGUGAAAUGAGUUGGACUUUGAAGGACAACUAGCUUUGUUUGCUCUCUGGCUGUGGUGAUGAUUUGGAGGGUCACAGAUUCCUCGAGGUUGGUGGACAAUAAAAGAGUCUGUGUCACUAAUUGUCCCACACUGAUCGUCAUGGUGGGCCUGCCAGCUAGAGGAAAGACCUAUAUCUCCAAGAAGCUGACACGCUACUUAAACUGGAUUGGUGUCCCAACCCGAGAAUUUAAUGUUGGCCAGUAUCGUCGAGACUUGGUGAAGACAUAUAGAUCUUUUGAGUUCUUUCUUCCAGACAAUGAAGAAGGCUUGAAAAUCAGAAAACAGUGUGCAGAGGCAGCCCUCCGAGAUGUCAGGCACUUCCUCAGUGAUGAAGAUGGGCAUGUAGCGGUUUUUGAUGCCACAAACACAACACGAGAACGCAGAGAGACCAUCUUUAAGUUUGGAGAGGAGAAUGGCUACAAGACCUUCUUUGUCGAAUCCAUCUGCGUGGACCCCGACGUCAUCGCUGCCAACAUCGUGCAAGUGAAGCUCGGCAGCCCCGACUACAUCGACUGCGGGAAUGACGAAGCCACGGAAGACUUCAUGAACCGAAUCGAAUGCUACAAGAACUCCUACGAGACGCUGGACGAGAACCUCGAUAAGGAUCUCUCCUACAUUAAGAUCAUGGAUGUGGGACGGAGUUACCUGGUAAAUCGAGUGAUGGACCACAUUCAGAGUCGGAUCGUUUACUACCUCAUGAAUAUCCAUGUGACCCCUCGAUCCAUCUACCUGUGUCGGCAUGGAGAAAGUGAAAUGAAUAUCCUAGGAAGGAUCGGUGGGGACCCGGGACUGUCCCCCAGGGGCAAGGAGUUUGCUAAAAACUUGGCCCAGUUCAUCAAUAAUCAGAACAUCAAAGAUCUGAAGGUUUGGACUAGCCAGAUGAAAAGGACCAUCCAGACCGCAGAGGCCCUGGGCGUCCCCUACGAGCAGUGGAAAGUUCUGAAUGAAAUUGAUGCUGGGGUAUGUGAAGAAAUGACUUAUGAAGAAAUUCAAGAGCAUCACCCUAUGGAAUUUGCACUUCGGGAUCAAGACAAGUAUCGGUAUAGGUACCCAAAGGGAGAGUCUUAUGAAGACCUUGUACAGAGACUGGAGCCAGUAAUUAUGGAACUGGAGAGGCAGGAGAAUGUCCUGGUGAUCUGUCACCAGGCUGUGAUGCGCUGCCUGCUCGCCUACUUUCUAGACAAGACUGCAGAAGAGCUGCCUUAUCUCAAGUGCCCGCUGCAUACGGUUUUAAAGCUAACGCCAGUGGCCUACGGUUGUAAGCUGGAGUCCAUAUUCCUGAAUGUUGAAGCUGUGAACACGCACAGAGAGAGACCAGAGGUAGGAGCGGGCCCACUAUCAAUCAAUAAUUAUCCAUUAUCUACCAAGUGCCAGAGACUGCAGAAGGAACUGAAGUCACAGACUCAAAAAUCAAGACGGCCCCUUCCUCCUGGAGCUUAGAUUCUCCAUUGUCAGUGGACAGCAUGCCAGGAUCCUCCACUUAGCGCUUAGCCCCUUUGUUUUCCCUCCAGUCUCCACCAGUUUCUGACCCAGAGACCCAGCCCAAUCAGGGCUGGCAUGAGGCAAUCUCAAGAAUGUAGAAAACAAUUUCGAGUGUGUCAGAACAUCCUGACACACCACUGCCCAGCUGGAGCCAACAUAAAAUAGCUACUAAUAGCUAAUAUUUAUGUAGCAUUUACUAUGUGCCAGGCACUGUACUAAGCACUAAAUUUACAAUUAUUUUCUCAUUUGAUCCUCUCAAUCACCCUGGGAAAAGGUGCUAUUAUUAUUAUCCCUAUUUUACAUGUAAAGAAACUGAGGCAAACAAAAGUGAAGUUCUUUGCCAAGGCACACAGCUAGUGUGUGUCCUCUCUGAGAUAAAAUUUGAACUGAGGUCCUCCUGACCCCAAACCCAACACUUUAUCCCCUGUGCCACCUAGUUGCUGGCAGCUGCUGGUUUUUAUUGUGCCCAGAGCUGGUACUGUGCCUAACAGGUAAUAGAAUGGCUUUCUGAACAUUCUACCUUUGGUGGGUGAUUUGCACUGAGAAUCUCUAUCAGAGCUGGCUGUCCCCAAGAUGUACAUCUCCAGAGUGUAUUCCUUUACUCAGGUUGGUAUUUUUGUUUAAAACAGUUAUUAAUUCGUCAGUGAUUUUUUACAUCAGUGUCGCUCCCCAGUGUUUCCUAACCUGCCUCCCCUGCCCCUGUGCUACAAGAUCGCCAAGCAAACAAAUCAGCAUGCUGGCCCUGCCUGACAAUAUGUGCCUCAUUCAGCAUGAAUGGGUCCACCAUUUGCCUGUUGGCCUGACAAGGACACCCCAUAUUAGAAGCAGACAAACUAGAUUGGCCAGAGGAGGCAGCCCACUAUGGAUGCUCUAACACUAGUGCCUGCAAAGCCCUGAUCUGGAGAGCUGAGCAUUAGAGUCUGUCAGCCCUUGUCCUGACUGCCCAGCACCCCGUGCUCUGGACUGUAGGGGGAGUCUGGUCAGGGUUCCACAUCUCCUGGAAUCGGGUAUGCCUAUGGCAAAGGAGAAUUUACUCUGUCCUUCUCCAAGGAAGUUGGAUAAUGAUGAUAAAAAUAGUUCCCAUUUCUAGAGCACAAACCCCAUUAUUGCCUCAUUUUAUCUGACAACAACUCUGGGAGUCUGGGAAGGCAUGUAUUUUUGACCCUAGUUUACAUAGCAGGAAACAGCCUGAGAGAAGUUAAGUAACCCUAAUACUGAGGUUUUUUCCGCUAGUCCAUGCUGUCUCCCCCUGGACACAGGGAGGAGGCCAUCGCCAGAACUGAGGAAUGUUUUUGGUUGGAGGAAAGAGUUAAGUGAGCUCCAGUGGGACACAGCUCACUCUUAGAGCUGAUUUUUAGCAUUUAUCAACUUGGCCUCCAGAAAUGACCUUAGAUGGUGGUUUCAGGAGUCUGUUCUAAUUUCUUAAAGCUUCUGUGAGGUCUGUUCAGGCACAUUGACUCUGAACUGCAUGGUGGAAGAGGCUAGUCAUGAGACACAGAAGAAAAGACCAUUUAUGCAGAAAAGUAGUCCAUGCAGACUGUUUUCAAAGUGGCCCAAGAGGUCACUCACUUCCUUUCCUCUGUGAUAGGUGGCAUGCACAGAUUCAGCUGCCCUGCAGCUUGGGAGCGGGCUGGGCUCUCCUCACCUUUUGACCCCCACCCCUCCUCCUUUGCUCUUCUGACCUGUCCUGCUGCUGACUGAUCCUGCAGCCAUACCCAUUGGUUUGGUGUUUCAGAAGCCUCUGGUGGUAGGGAGUGUCGUGGUGCAUCGGGUGGGAAUGGCAAAGAAGGGGCACUGCUUCCCAAAGGGCCACAUCAUCAGGUCUGCCAGAGUGUUUUCAUUUGGAGCACAGUAGAGCAGGGAGAGCCAGGUCUUCGCUGUGGCCUGUGGACAGCCUUGGACAUUGGCCUGGUCUAUUUACAUAAUGAUUGGGCACUGACACCUAUCGUGCUUCUUGCCUCCUCUGCAUUUCCUGAAUGGUUCCUUAGAGUGUGAGAAGGAAAGAGGUCAGAGCCUAAGGGGCUGCAAGGGAGGACAGCAGGACCAAAGGCAAGAGGGAGGUGGAAUUGUUCACUGUCCACUCAGGAUCCAUCUCUUAGUGAGUCAGCCUUUCAACUUUAAUUUGUAACUGAGCUCUCCCACCUAGACACUCCUUGGUUUCUUUGCACAUAUACAUAACAAAGAUUCCUUGAAAAUCAUGGCAGAUUUGGUGCACAUUCCAAGUUCUCUGCCUUCAAGGAAGACUGCAUUUUAGAUCCACAGCUGUGUGGAGAAGGAUAAUGCCCAGCAAAAGGAUUGAAUCCUCAUGACAUUGGAACAGUGCUGACAAUCCAGCUAACCCUGGCACCUAGGAACAUGGUUCUAGCACCACAGGGACAGCAUCAGGGGAAAAACCUUGACUGGACAAGAGGAUCUAUCCAGGGGCUCUCAAAUUCCCGAAGAGGGAAAUCUUGCUCCAGCUUGGAAUUGCUUAGGAAAUUUUCUUUAUGGACUGCCUGCGAAAGUCCCCAGGACUUGUUUCCAAAAGGGCAAAGCGUCUUCCAGAUACUUCCCUAAUACCUGAAUGGACAUGGAGAGAGAAGCUGGGCAUGGAUUGUACAUAGGAAUCAUCCAUCAUGAAUGAAGUGGCCCCAGUGGUGUCUGGUCUGCUAGAAGCCAAGAAGUUUUCAUCCUGCUUACUCCUCUCUGAAAGUAGAGCUAGGUACCUGUAGUCAGUCACGAGGAUGUUGUCAGGUGACAUUAGAACCAAAGGCACUAUCUAGACAAGACUAAUUUUUAAAAAAUAUGAUUUUAGUGAUAUAUUCUGAUCUAACAUUGCCUACGUUUUCCCCAGUAUCCCAUUCCUUCUUACCUCCCAGAAAACCAUCCCAUAUUACAAAGAAUAUUUUUAAAGUAAAAGAAAAAAUCCACAAAACCAGCAAUACAUGGAAGAAGUCAGAAAAUAUAAACAAUGUUUCACACCCUGUCUGUGCAAAGGAGUGGGAGGCAGUUAGCUUAUCUCCUCUUUGGGCCAUGACUGUUCAUUUUCAUUCUGCAAUGUUCUCUUUGAGUUGUUUUAUAGUUUAUUUUGCUCAACCAACCAACAUAGCCUAGAGGACUGAUUGCCACUAAUUGGUCCUGAUGCUAGAGUCACCUUGUGCCUUGGAGACAGGCCAGGGAUGAGCCUUAGACUGAUGUCACUGUCAACCUAGGGGACAGGUUGGGAUUGGGCAGCUUUUCCCAUGCUGGGAUGGCCAUUUUCUAUUAAUCGUUGAUAUUGGUGAAGUGAUUUAAGCUUUGCAAAGGGCUUCACUAUUAUCACAGUAUCUUAUUUUCACUCCCCAACAGUCCUGAGCGGUAGAUACUAGAGGUAUUAUUUAUCUUCUUUUUACCACAAAAACUAAGUUUCAGAGAAACUAAGAGAUUUGCCCAUGCUAGCACAACUCAUAGGUUUCCAAGCUGGAAUUUGAACCUUGAUUUAACUCCAAGUCCAACACUCUAACCACUACUCUGAAACAUUUUUCUGAUGCUGGGAUUGCACCGCUCCAAGGACAUGCUGGAGCCAAAUGGUCCUUCUGACACCAAAAUUUUGGAAUGCUGGCAGGAAAGGAAGGAAGCAAUUUUCUGAGACUAAUUUUUUAAAAACUUUAUUUAUCUACCCACUUUGAAUUUGAGGCUAUAUUACUGUUUCUUGAGCCCCUGAAUCUGUGAUAAGAUACACUCAACUCAGGUCUCUGUGCAUUUUUACCUAGUGCCCUGAAAUAGCUGCAAAUGAUGGCUCUUUCUCUGGUCUACGCUUACCACAGGGGAUCAUAUUCUGGAAUGUGGUGGGCACUAGAUACAUCAUCCCCCUUACAGGAAGAGUUUCAGAAAAAUGUGUGCUUGAAUGGGUGUGGCCAGGGGAAGAAUUCAUUAUAUCCUGAAGCUUCUGGGUAACUAGAAUUGGAAUUUUGUUUUAAAGGAAGCUCUAGUAGAUUCAUAUAUAGCAUCAGCAAGGUUAUUGUCAUAGAGGAAUAUUACCUCCCCAAAGAAGUUCAGGUCAGAACUCUGAACAGCCACAUAGCAGUCUAUAGAUGCCAACUUUUCUCAAUCAGGCCCUGAGGGCUUCAACCUUUGCCUUUAUGAUGGUCUUUAGAGAGCUUUCCACAAAUCAGGAAUUGGUCCCACAGGAUCCCCAAGCUGAAAAGGAUCUCUGAAAUCACCUAGAUUAGAUAUUUGAUAACUGCAUUUCAGUAGAAUUGUUUUAUUUUCUUAAUCUUUUAUGUUUUAUGCAUUUAAUAAUCUCAGAAGGGAUCCAUUACAGGUUUCAGCAGAUCUGUUGAAUACUGCCAAAGGGGAUCCAUUACACAGAAGAAUUUAAGGACCCCCUGCUCUAAACCAAUCCAUACUUGAGCAGAAAUCCUUUUACAGCAUCCCAAGUAAAUAGUUGUCCAUUCUUUAAGACCUUUGGUGAAAAGGAACCCACUGUGUUUUUAGGUUCUUUUUCAUUUAAUUUUCUCAAUGAACAUAAAUUGAUUUUCUCUAGCUGCUAGCCUCCAUUAGAGAAAAAAAAAAGACAACAAUAUGCAUAAGCAAGCAAGAUAAAUUCUUACCUUUCCCAUGUCCAAAAAAAUAUGUUUCAGACAUAUUUCUUCAUCAGUCCUCUGGAAUCAUGGUACAUCACUGGGUUGAUCAAAAUGAUGGGACCAUCUCCCUCUGCAGCUUUUGCUCUUUGCUCCUUCUUCUGCCCUCUGAGGCUAAGCAAGAUAAAUCCAACCCACUCACAAAGGAUAGUCUCUUAAAUAUUUGAAAAUAGCCAUCAUGUUAAUCUUUUCUUGCUCCUUGACAUCUUUUCUCCAGACUAAAAAUCCCUUUCCUUCAAACAGUCCUUUCAUAGCAAUGGUCUUUAGUCUUCCCAAUAUCCUGCUUGCCAGUAUGAUGCUUGAAAAAGGACACAAUACUUCAGAUAUAGACUGAUGAGGCCAAAGUACAAUAAAACCAACAAUUUUCAUGUUCUGGAUUCCAGGAUUCUUUUCCUGUAACCUAAGAGCACAUCAGCUCUUUUUGACUUGCUUGUUAAACUAAUUCAGCUUACAGCCCACAAUUUGUUUUCUAGCCAUCUUUCCCCAUCUUGAACUUAUAAAAAUGACUUUCUCUGAAGAUGAACAGAGACUGUAGCAACAGGGUUCUCUAUUUUCUCUCAAGGAAGCUAAAUUAGCUUGAUAAGGAAGAUAGAGCAAUGCCCCGAUCCUAUCUGAAGGAUACUUUAAAUCAUUGCCCUAAUACAGUAAUGACUGAGACAACCUAUUUCCAAAUUCCUCUUUCUAAUUCUAAGUAUAGCUGGAGCCCAAGCAUUGAGACUGUUGUGAAGGCAGGAUUGCGCUUAGGCAGAAGCUUUUGGAUGUGGGGGAGGAUGAUAUAUUUAUUUUUAAAUAUAAAAACUGAGAUUCAGGAAAAUAAGAAAUGGGAGAGAUAACAUAAAUAUCUGAUAUUAGUUCAUAGAAAUGCAUACCACACAUAGGCUAAAAAUGAGUCAGUGAAAACAUAAUAUCUAAAGUGACUAUAUUCUUUAGGGCCACUGAAGAUACAAGAUGCACUCUAAAGAGAAUAACCACAGGGAAGCCACUAAAGUGCCCUGAGAACCCAGGACACAAAAACCACCCCCUCUUCUGUGGAGAGACUGUUAAACUGUUGACUAGCAAUUUUUAGGUUUCUUUUAACCCAAAGAUCAAAAUCAAUUGAUGUGUCCAUUUAUUGUUAUUCAGACAUGUCUGACUCUUCCUGACCCCAUUUGGGGGUUUCUUGGCAAAGAUACUGGAGUGGUUUGCUAAUUCCUUCUCCAGAUCAUUUUACAGAUGAAGAAACUGAGGCAAAGAGGGUUAAGUGAUUUGCCCACAGUCACAAAACUAGUGUCUGAGGCACUAUUUGAAUUCAGGAAGAUGAGUCUUCUUGACUCCAAAUUCUAUCCACUGGGACACCUAACUACAUUUAUUAAGUACCUAUUAAGUGCCAGACACUGUGGUAGUUAUUGUAAAAAAAAUGACAAGAAUGAAAAAUGGCCUGAGGCUAAAUGCCCAGUUCUUCACAGAAGCUAGGGAAUCUUUUAUACCUCAGCAAAAAAAAAUUUUUUUCCUAAGCCUUUGCUUACAUCCUCUAGGAAACAUCUGUGCAACCCUGGGUGGCAGAAACAUGAUAUGGCAUUUGCAUUUGAAAGAGAGGUUUUGGUUGGUUGCUUUCAGAAAGAGUCCUCUAGCUGUAGGCAUAAAAAAGAACUUCAAGUGGGCAGUUUGCCUCCUAAUAGAUGCUUUGGUCUCAGCUGAAUCUGGAUGCCACAGCAGAAUUUCUAUGUUUGUUACCUGGAUUAGAAUGUCAGUUCCGUGAGGGGUAUCUUUGUAUUUCUUUGUAUCACUAGCACUUAGCACAAUGCUUGGCCCAUAGUAUGUGCUUAAUAUAAAUGCUUGUUGACUGACUAGAAUAAAGGAAACAGAACCUC